CCUCUCUAUAGAAGAGGUCCUUUCUCCCCAGCACACACAUUUGCACAGAGAGGGUCUCCAGGCCUCUACAAUGUUGGCCCCUGGAUCUGGGUCCCCCCCUCCUUCAUACCUGCUGCUGGCUGUGCUGUUGGGACUCACAGGUGUGGCAGGUGAGGCGGAGCUGCAGGUGAUCCAGCCGGACAAGUCGGUGUCUGUGGCAGCCGGACAGACGGCCACUCUGCGCUGCACCGUGACCUCCCUGCACCCCCUUGGAAAGGUGGAGUGGUUCAAGGGGACAGGGCCAGGCCGGGAGUUAAUCUUCAGCUUCAGAGGAGGAGACCACCCCCCCCAGUCGCCUCGAGUAACAAAGGUUGCAGACACCACAAAGAGAAACAACACGGACUUUUUCAUCCGCAUCAGUAACACCACCCCAGCAGAUGCUGGUACCUACUACUGUGUGAAGUUCCAGAAAGGGACCCCUGAUGUGGAGUUUAAGUCUGGACCCGGCACGCAGGUCACUGUGAGUGCCAAACCCUCUCCCCCCGUGGUGUCGGGCCCCACGGCCAGGGCCGCGCCUGACCAGACUGUGAGCUUCACCUGCGAGUCCCACGGCUUCUCCCCCAGAAACGUCACCCUGAAAUGGUUCAAAAACGGGAACCAGCUGCCAGCCUCCCACACCACCGUGGACCUGGAGGGAGACAGCGCUUCCUAUAGCAUCUCCAGCACCAUCACGUUGGAGCUGGCCUCGGGGGACGUCCGCUCCCAGGUCAUCUGCGAGGUGGCCCAUGAGACCCUGCAGGGGGGCCCUCCUCUUCGUGGGACAGCCAACUUGUCCGACACCCUCCAAGUUCCACCCACCUUGGAGGUUGUCCAGCAACCCGUGACAGGGGACCAGGUCAACAUCACUUGCCAAGCAAAGAAGUUCUACCCCCAGCGCCUACAACUGACCUGGUUGGAGAACGGAAACAUAUGCAAAACAGAGACAGCCUUGAACCUCAUAGAGAACAAGGAUGGGACCUUUAGCUGGACGAGCUGGCUCCUGGUGAAUUUAUCUGCCCACACGGAAGAGGUGGUGCUCACCUGCAAGGUGCAGCACGAUGGGCAGCGGGCAGUGACCAAAAGCCGUAUUCUCAAGACCUCUGGCCACACAAAGGACCAGUGCACAGAUGGAAACUCUGAGAUUUUGCGGUAUGGGACUGCUCUUCAGGAAUUACUGACAGCCAGCGCUCCACAGAAUUUACUGUCCUUUUAUAGCUUUUGCUUUGGGUUCAGAAGCUGUAUUCAGAUCGAGAACUGUCCAUUCCACUCCUGGCGGCUCUCUCCCUGGGCCCCAAGCUGCUGCUGCUCAUCACUGCCUCUGCCAUCUAUGCCCACAGGAAGCAACGGAUUGACUGUGUCCUGGGAGGAAAAUAGCGCCAAGGACAUAGGAGGCACAUGGAGAACAUUUCUGGAAUGGUGAGCAGAUCAUGAAAUGUGAACAUGGGUCCACAGCUCCUUCCUUCCUCCCCUGCUACAUGCCACCCUCAGUCUCUGCUGCCUCCUUCCUUCCCUGAGGGGCCCAGCCUACGACAAGGAACAACUAAGAGCAUCUACCACCCUGACCCAAAGGCCUGCUUCCCCAGAGACCCACCUGCCCAUAGUUCCUGCUGCUCCUUCUCACCGUCCCUGAUGCCCCCAGAGCUGGGUCUUCAUACCUGGGUCUGAGCAGGGGCCAUGGGAACAUGCUCUGGAAAGUAACACAAUGAUAUAUUCCUAAAAUGUGAGAAACAAGUCACAUGUUCAUGUACCAGGCUGUCUCUCAUCCAUUUCCUGGGGACCGUGGCCAUGAAAUACACACUUAAGGCCAUGCACUCAUGGGUCAUUCCUGCCAACCCCCAGACUCCCCAGCCUGGGUGAGGAUCUCCAAUGCCUCCUGAAUGGAAAUGAAUCCAGCAUCUCCUUCUGGAAUGAAGAAGAGAAAGGAUUCCUCUUCCCCUUUGCCUACAUGUGUUUCCACUCAAAGCAGAGAGAAAUUUCCCUCCUCUCCCUGUGCUGGGAACACUAGCUCUGCAUUCACCUUCAUCUUUCCCGUUCUCCCUACUCAUGUAGAAAUGCUGGCACUCGGGAAACCUGUACCCUUCCCUGAGUUCCUUCUUUAUAUCCUGUGUUCAAUUCCGCCUGCAUAAUGCUGUGUCCACCGGUGAGAUGGCAGAUGUUAAACAAUCCACUUCUCAGAAGGAAAAAGAAGCCUGAAUUGUAGUGCUUGCCAACUUCUGUGGUGUCUAUACUCCCAAUGUGGCCAAUUUCAAGCUACGACAGUUGAACAACUAGCUUGCAAAAUUCCUGAAAAGCUCUCAGGUGUGAGUGCAAGCCUCCUUCCACACAUCGUGAACUCCAUCUAGAAUCUGCACACUCACUGCUCACUCCCGGGCCGCUCCCUGGCCCCGGCCACCAGCAUCCCUUCGUGGACCAUUGCUACGUCCCUAACAGGCUCUCCAGUUUCAGCCACAGUGAUCCUGUGGACAUGGAAGUCAAAUUGUAUCCCUCCUCUGCUUCUUUCCCCUACAGAUGUGCAUCCUCAGUCUCUUCCUCUCUCAAGCUCUUCUCACAUGUCGCAUAAAAUACCAAUACCACUCUCUCAAUCCACUCAGACCUGAAUUGAACUGUUUCCCUAGAACUUAAGAUCAGCCGACUUGAUAAAUGGAGACAGUGCUCACCUUACACAGUGAUGAAGAACCGAAACAAUGAUAGUUCCACUGAAAACACGUGAGGUGAUGCCCAUAACCAGUAGCAAAAGUGACAAUUUUCUGUGACCUUUAGAAACUUUGUUCAACACCUUAGAAACCCUCCAACAGUCAGUCGUGAAUGUAUAGGGACAUAAAAAAACAGUAAACCUAUUAUUCACUUGGAAUGUGAGCUUUUGAAACAUCAGAAAAUUGAAAAGGGAAGAAUUUUUAUUUGUUUGUAAAGACUUAUCAGGAGUAGUUUGCAGAGGGCUUGCCUUCCUCUGACUACACAGUUGACAAUAUAAACCAAGUGUCUGGGUUAUCUCCCUCCUCUCUCAAUUGGGAUCACCUUCCAACAUUCCAUCCUUGGCACUUCCAAUGCUGUGAAAUCUUGACAAUAUUAUUGUGAAUAGUUGCUGGCAUCACUUCCUCUGGGACAUUGUCAUCCUUCCUGCCACCCUCCCACCAACACUUUCCUCGGUGAUGUGGUAAGUUUAUCUUCACUCCUCCUCUGGCUGCAUAUCUAGAUUCUGGAAACAGUAUCCCAGGCAGCAUUCCCAUGAAUGUGCCUUCAUGUCCCACUCACAUUCCAUUUGAGCUUCCCCUCCAACCUCAGCUCUUCUCAUUUCUCCAUUUGCAAUUGUUCACUAUUGUAUAAUGUCACCCAGCGCAUCGCUGGGAAACCAGGAGACUCCACGACCACCUGCUCUGCUGUCAUGGGACACCAAGUGACACAGCCACAGUGAUCGACCCCCAUAAGCUUUGAAAGACGUGAUGUUUACUUAUCGCAAUGUGCAUCUGUUAGUUACGUAGUGAUCUGUGGACGAAAGAAGUCUGGCAGCCAAGUGUACACUUCAUGCAAUUGUUCAUGGUAAACUUCCAUAGUAAAUCAAACUUGAACCAUGUGUUGGAGAGCUGAUGCUAUUUAACUAACUUGUGGCAAAUGACAUUUGUGCACAUCAACCUCUUACAAAGUGAGAACUGCCUCUUGCUCAAGUAGGAUGUCGACUCUGACAGAGAAGGACCUCAGUGUCCUCAGGUCCCAGAACAAUGACUGCCAUGUCUAAAGCCAUCACAUUAAAGAAUAAAUAAAUUAGUAAAUAUGUCACUGAAGACAUCAGUUUCUACCAGAUGUCAGGUUGUAAAAUAAAAGCUUUAUUUCAUCA